CCCCUGCACUGUGUGAAAGGAGAAAAGAGGAGGAAGACAGACCUCAGCAGAGUGAGAGAAGCUGCUGUUCGGACCACAAUGAAAACAUUCCUGCUUCUUCUGCUGGUGCUCCUGGAGCUGGGAGAGGCCCCAGGAGCCCUUCACAGGGUGCUCCUCAGCAGGCGUGAGUCCCUCCGGAAGAAGCUGCGGGCCCAGGGCCAGCUCACUGAGCUCUGGAAAUCCCAGAACUUGGACUUGGACCAGUGCUCCACCAUCCAGAGUGCCAAUGAGCCCCUCAUCAACUACCUGGAUAUGGAAUACUUUGGCACUAUCUCCAUCGGCUCCCCACCACAAAACUUCACUGUCAUCUUCGACACUGGCUCCUCCAACCUCUGGGUUCCCUCCGUCUACUGCACCAGCCCAGCCUGCAAGACGCACCCCGUGUUCCACCCUUCCCAAUCCAGCACCUACAGUGAGGUGGGGAAUCCUUUCUCCAUUCAGUAUGGGACCGGGAGCUUGACUGGGAUCAUUGGAGCCGACCAAGUCUCUGUGGAAGGACUCACUGUGGUUGGCCAGCAGUUCGGAGAAAGUGUCAGAGAGCCGGGCAACACCUUUGUGCAUGCGGAGUUUGAUGGAAUUCUGGGCCUGGGAUACCCCUCCUUGGCUGCUGGAGGCGUGACCCCGGUGUUUGACAACAUGAUGGCCCAGAACCUGGUGGCUCUGCCAAUGUUUUCUGUCUACAUGAGCAGUAACCCAGAUGGCCCAGGUGGCGAGCUGACCUUUGGAGGCUACGACCCCUCCCAUUUCUCGGGGAACCUGAACUGGGUCCCGGUCACCAAGCAAGCCUACUGGCAGAUUGCCCUGGAAGGAAUCCAGGUGGGGGACAGUAUGAUGUUCUGCUCCGAGGGCUGCCAGGCCAUUGUGGACACAGGGACUUCCCUGAUCACUGGCCCUCCCAGAAAGAUCAAGCAGCUGCAAGAGGCCCUGGGGGCCGUGUACAUGGAUGAAGGAUAUUCUGUGGAGUGUGCCAACCUCAGCGGGAUGCAGGAUGUCACCUUCAUCAUCAAUGGCCUCCCCUACACACUCAACCCAACUGCCUACACCCUGCUGGACUUCGUGGAUGGCAUGCAAGUCUGCAGCACUGGCUUUCAAGGACUCGACAUCCAGCCCCCAGCUGGGCCCCUCUGGAUCCUGGGGGAUGUCUUCAUCAGACAAUUUUACUCCGUCUUUGACCGUGGGAAUAACCGCGUGGGGCUGGCCCCGGCAGUCCCCUGAGUAGCGUUUUGUGUCGCUGCCUGGCUACCUGACACUUCUUGGGCCUGUUGGGUUGAGGCAUUCUUUACACUUGUUAAAAAGUCAUUUUUUUUUUUUUUUGAAUGCAGACAUUCCCAGAGUUGCGACUUGAAUUAGGAUCAAAUAGACCAUGACAACACACACACAUGUGUGCGCACACACACACACAUUGCACAUACACACACCACCUCCAUCACCACCAUAAUAAAAGGAUUCCAUUGUAUUUCCAUAUUCUUUAUUGCUUUUGUUGAUUUUAUUUUUACUGUGAAAAUCUCCAAACAUACUCACAGGCAGAGGCAGCAAUAAAGCCCUGGGCACCCCAAUCAGAUUUUGCAACCCACACACAUGGGCACCCCUCCUCCUUUUCUACACCACUACCCACUUCCCUCUCUUGCUGCAUGUACCUGGAUUAUUUUGAGGCAAAUUCCAAGAAUCAUGUCAUUUUACCCAUAAACAUUUCUAACAUCCUUGAAUAAACAGAACCCAAGCAUCUCCCACUGUCUCACAAAUGUGCGGCUG